AUGUCGCACCUCGUGGGACCGCAGCUUACGGUGCCACUCGAUCCCGCCAACGGUGGGGGUGUCAAGUGCCCGGUAUACAUGAACUUCACCAUGGACGAGUGUCUGACCGCGAUGACUUGCUGCAACGGAGCGGCUAUGAACCUAUUCGAAUCCGACGAAUUGGUCAAGGCCCUCGACUGGAGCUUGGAGGUUGAUGUGCUGCACAAGAACGUCCGGUUCAUGAACAAGGCGCUCUUUGAUUGGGACUUAUACGUACCGUCUCCUCCGAGCCUCGAGUUCCAGCGGCAACGCCUACUCGGCCUCGUCACGGCUUCCGACGUUCUGCUCAAGCUCGGUAAUACCGGCGCGGCGGCGUACUGCCGCAACGUCGGGAACGACCUCGUCCGGAGCCUGCCUUCGUCCCAAGAGUAUUCUCUUCGGCGUGAGAUCCUCUCCGUCGCCUCCACUAAAGCGGUCAUGGAGUACCGCCACCCCGAUCCGUCUGUUUAUCGCUCGCUCGAGAUCAGCAACCCCGACCUGCAAGUACGCGGGUCGUGGCAGCGGCUCAAGUGGGCAGACUCGUCGAAGGUCACGUCGCGCAUGGCGCACGCCUGCUUCAUCUACAAAAGUCGCUUGUACGUGUGUGGCGGCCAGCGCAGCGGUAGCAUGCAGGUUUAUGGCGAUAUCUGGUGUCUCGACCUCGUGGGGAUGAAGGGCUGGAGACAGCUCCCGUCAUACAAGCAGCCGUUCCUGAACUGCCAGAUGGUCGUGCACGACGGAAAGGCGUACCUGUUCCGUGGCUCCGCAAUGGUGGACUACCUCGAUCUCGAGAAAGAGCGCUGGGGCCGCAUCCAGACGAACUUCGUCAAUGCGAAGGGGAAGAAGCUGGCGUGGCCGUACACCGACAAUCUGACUGACUACGUCGCGCACGUCUUCGAGGGCAAGAUCUACGUCUUCGGGGGCAAGUACCACCGCCCGCUCGGAUGCAACUACUUCGCCGUCCUCGACAUCGCGACGAAGAGCUGGACAUACCUUUCGGGGAUCCAUGACUCCGUCGAGCUCACCCCCGAUUAUAAGCAGCCGGGAGUGCGUAAGGAUCUGGCGAGCUGGGUCGACGAGGAGCGCAAGAAGAUCUACAUCAUGUACGGCAUGGCCGACCGCCAUGAGGCCGCGAUCUACGAGUCGGACUUCGCCUCCUCGGACGGGUUCGUCUACGAUGACUGUUGGUCCUGGGACAUCACCGAAGGGAAGUGGCAGCAGGAACGCGUCCUCGGAAACUUCCCCUGCCCCCGCGCGGAGGUAGCCUGCAGCUAUAACCCGACCACGAAGCAGACGGUGAUGUUCGGCGGGUACAGCCCCGCGCUGCCGUUCUUCGUCGAGUCGUCCACGACGAGCUUCGGGUUCAACUACUUCUCGGACACGUUCGUGCUCGACCACAGCGCGCCCGGCGGCGCCCCGCGCUGGAAGCAGGUCAUCACCGGGAACUUCCCCACCUACCGCGCGCAGAGCCAGCUCAUGACGGACCCCGCGACGGGCCGCAUGUACCUUUUUGGCGGGUACACGAACACGGACUGGGUGCCGGCCGGCAAGCACGACCUCACGCGCAGCUUCGGCGACGUGUGGCAGCUGCGCGUCGACGUGCCUGGGGGGCUCUUCGAGGACAUCGACUGGGAGGACGAGCGCCGCGCGGCGCAGUUGGGCCCGUGGAUGGCCUGCUACGUGUGCGGGUCGGUCGGGGUUUGGAAGAAAUGCGGCGGAACGUGCGAUGGGCGCGUGUACUUCUGCACUCCGAACUGUCAGAAAGAAGGCUGGCCCGAGCACAAGCAGAAGCACAACUGCAGCAGGUGA